UUGAUAGAUCGGUCGAUCUUCGGCAAGAGAAACGAGCACAUCAUCGGGAGGUUAUCAGUAGAGCAAUAAAAUAUACUGUACACACCAACAAACGAUGAUGUUUCGCGAACAGACGGAUAACGAGAGGGUUGAUUACAAAAACAAAGCCGACGGUCACGCGAUAAAUAAUCAUCGCAAGGAAUUGAAUUAUUCUCAUCUUGAAUGGAAAUAUUCAGAUAAUAAUAACAUAAUGCAGAAAAGAAAAGAACUCCCUAGUGAAAUUACAGAUGAGACAGAAGAUGUAGAACAGGAAAUUGAUGAAGACGAGGAGGAUGGCGCAGAUGCACAGAAAAUAAAUACAAAUAACGAAAAGGAAGAAGGAAAAAACGAUCAGAAUGAUGCACCGAUUGGAGAAUGUGCAAUUUGUCACAUUAUCAUCGACAACAUAAAUUUCAGCGAAAGUAUUGCCGAUUCCAAGCAAACGUGCGAAAACUAUUUAUUGUGUCAACGUUGCGUACGAAAAUUUUCAGUCCAAGAGCAUUUUCAGUCUCGAAGAUUGCAUACAAGUUUCUCACAGAACAGAGAUCACAGUGAUCUCUCGAGAAAAACACACGACAGACCGAUCGUGAUGUAUUUACAAUCACCGUCAUCUCAUCCCGCAUUGAAAUUGCGUCGCAAUCGGUGGGCCUAUAACUUGAACAAAACAAUGCACGAGGCGAUAGACGAUGACGAAGAAUCAGAUACGAUUUCGUACGCGAUGGUUGAUCGGGAAAAUCCACAGCAAACGAGGAGUUAUGAAAGGCAGAGCCAAUAUCAGCAUGGCUACCUGGCAACAACUAAGAGACCCGAUGCAACAAUAACAGAACGAUAUGCCUCUGAGACGAAGAUGAGAAGUUUCAUUCCGGCGUCUUCCUCCAUCGAAUGUUCUCGCAGACCCAUACGCUGUCCCCGUCUUGAUUGCUCAAUCAAUGUCGCCUUCUCAUCGCUCACCCAUCACUUCCUCUUCGAUCAUCCUGAGGUGCCUGUCCUCAAUGUCGAGCCUGGCGCGGAGAGUACGCUCAUCAUUAGUUAUGGAGCUCUCUCCUGCAAUUCAAGUCGGUGUCUGGCUCUCCUGUUGGUGUCCGGCAAACUCUCAGAUUCUACAGCGAAACUGUUUGGUGGCAGUCAAAUAAACCCCAAGUAUCGAAAUCGGUUACCUUUACCGGUGUUGGCUGCGCGUUUGCACGGCAAUAAUUAUGCGUGUUGCGAGGAAGUACACGCCGGCGGAGAGGGCCAGUGCGAAAAAGAUGUGAUUAUUGCCUGGGUUGCAGGAUUGGAUGUCGGCGAUACGGUUGACAGACUUCAAUGUAGCAUCCAGGCUGUGGACAGCAUUGACAACCGUGGAUUCCGAUCGCUUACCUACACAGGUCCCGUAACAUCCCUAAGAGCUGCCCAACGUCCACGCGACGUCUUUUUGGCUGGUGAUUGUAUAGUUCUCCAUGAGGGAUUGAUCAGCCAUAUCACUUAUGGCUGUACUAGUCUUAAUGUAAAUGUUAUUGUACACUGAAUCCAUUUGUUACAUUGUAUUAGUGCGCAAAGUAUACAUUUGUCCUUUAAUUUGUAAGUAUUGUUGUUUCAAGAAUGUGUAUACCCAUUCUAAUUUCAUUAAAAGAAAAAUAUAAAAAAAAUAAACAAAGAAA